CCCAGUUUUUUUGCCCCUUUCCCUACCAAACGUGGUGAAAAUCUUGAUUAUAUAACAGUAUAAUGAGUACCUAACUGCUUUUGUAUGUAUUUUCCAUUUUUCCCCCUCAGCUUACGUAUCCUAAUUUUCAUGUAAAUGGCUAACCAACUGUUAUAUCCGUAUCUAUACACGUGAAUUGAGCUCAAAUUUUCAAACAAAUAAAGCCGCCCUGGUGUUAUAUGCCACUCUCUAUAGCGUUUCCAUUUUCAACACUUGUCUUCCUUGUCAAUAAUCACUACUCCGCCAUGUCGGUCCGGCGAAACUCCCAUCAAUGGCCGCCUCCUGUGUUUAUCUUUUUCUUAUUCAUCUUUGUUAUUUCUUCUGUGAAGUCUGAUGAUGUGGAGAUAUUGCUCAAGUUUAAGUCCUCAGUAGAAAGGUCCGAUUCUAAUGUAUUCAGUUCAUGGACACAGGGGAAGUCUGCAUGUAACUUCAGCGGAGUUGUUUGUAAUUCCAACGGAUUCGUCACCGAAAUCAAUCUUCCCCAACAACAAAUUGUUGGGUAUCUUCCUUUUGAUUCGAUCUGUGAGUUGCAGGCAUUGGAGAAGAUUGAUGUUGGGAACAAUUCUUUUCAUGGCAAGAUUUCCGAGGACCUGAAGAAAUGUUCUGGCCUACACUACUUGGAUUUGGGGUGCAAUGCUUUUUCCGGAGAAGUGCCUGACUUGUCUUCUUUAAAUGGAUUGAAGUUCUUGAAUUUGAACAACAGUGGAUUUUCCGGGAUUUUCCCCUGGAAAUCACUGGAAAAUCUCACGGAAUUGACUUUCUUAAGCCUUGGUGAUAAUCCCUUUGCUGCAACUCCAUUUCCUAUGGAAGUACUGAAGCUUGAGAAAUUGUAUUGGCUUUAUCUUACGAAUUGCAGCAUCACAGGACAGAUUCCUCAGGGAAUUCAGAAUCUGAGUCUGUUACAAAAUCUUGAACUCUCUGAUAACAGCUUGUCGGGUCCGAUCCCAGCCGGAAUUGUGAAACUCAGCCAAUUGUGGCAACUUGAGCUUUACAACAACUCAUUGUCUGGAAAAAUUCCUGUUGGCUUCGGAAACCUCACGAAUCUUAAGUACUUCGAUGCGUCGAUGAAUAGACUGGAAGGCGACCUAUCGGAGUUGCGGUCCUUGAAGAACCUUGUUUCGUUGCAGCUCCUUGAAAACCAAUUUUCAGGAGAGGUUCCAGCGGAGUUUGGUGAAUUCAAGCACCUUGAAGGACUAUCACUUUACAGGAAUAAGCUUACGGGUCAGCUUCCACCAAAAAUUGGGUCAUGGUCGGAUCUCAAUUUCAUAGAUGUUUCCGAGAAUUUCUUUACAGGUCCUAUACCACCAGAUAUGUGCAAGAAUGGCAAAAUGGUUGAUCUUCUUCUGCUGCAGAACAACUUCACCGGCACUAUCCCGGAAGGCUACGCAAACUGUAAGUCGUUGGUUCGUUUACGAGUGAACAACAAUUCGCUAUCCGGUACCGUCCCUGCUGGAAUAUGGAGUUUGCCGAAUCUCUUGAUUAUUGAUCUUACAAUGAAUCGGUUCGAAGGUCCAGUGGCAGGUGAUAUUGGUAAUGCUAAGUCUCUUGCACAACUGUUCUUGGCCAAUAAUCAGUUUUCAGGUGAAUUGCCUGCUUCAAUCUCUCAAGCUACAUCAUUAGUCUCAAUUCAGCUUACGUCAAAUAAAUUUUCUGGCCAAAUUCCAGCAACUAUUGGAGAACUAAAACGCCUAGGCAGCCUUUAUUUGAAUGGAAACAUGCUUUCUGGUGUAAUACCAGAUUCAUUAGGCUCAUGUGGUUCUCUCAAUGACGUAAACCUUGCUGGUAAUUCACUUUCCGGGAAAAUUCCUGAGAGUAUUGGAUCUUUACGUAAUCUAAACUCCUUGAAUUUAUCCGAAAACAAACUUUCCGGUCACAUUCCAACUACUCUGUCACCUUCAAUAUUAAGCCUUCUUGACUUGUCCAACAACCGGUUGGUUGGUCCUAUACCUAAAUCUUUAUCUAUUCAGGCUUUUAAAGAUUGCUUCAAGGGGAAUCCAGGCCUAUGCAGCUCGGAUCUUGAUGACUUUCAGCCAUGUUCGUCAAGUCCUGGUACAUCGAGUCAUCUUCGAACAUUUUUAUCCUGUUUCAUAGCUGGAGCAUUAGUCCUGCUUGUAUCAUUAGGAUGUUACAUGUUUAUUAAGGUAAGGAAGAGUAACCUUGAUCAUCCAUUGAAGCAGGGUUCUUGGAACAUGAAAUCAUAUCGUAUGCUAAGUUUCACUGAAAAGGAUAUCAUUGAUGCGAUCAAAUCGGAGAAUUUGAUAGGUAAAGGGGGAUCAGGAAAUGUCUAUAAAGUUGAACUGGAAGAUGGAAAAGAACUGGCUGUGAAGCAUAUUUGGACCUCAGAUUCCGGCAAUCAUAAAAACUACCAUAGCAGUACAGCUAUGCUAACACAAAGGAACUCAAGGAACUCUGGGUCACUAGAAUAUGACGCAGAGGUGGCGGCAUUGAGUGCCAUUCGGCAUGUGAAUGUGGUGAAGCUGUACUGUAGUAUCACAAGUGAGGAUAGCAAUCUACUGGUUUAUGAGUAUCUACCUAAUGGGAGCUUGUGGGACAGGCUGCACUCAUGUCACAAGAUGGAGCUGAACUGGAAGAUGAGAUAUGCCAUUGCAAUAGGAGCCGCUAAAGGGUUAGAGUAUUUGCAUCAUGGAUGUGAUAGGCCGGUUAUACACCGUGAUGUGAAGUCGAGCAAUAUUUUGUUAGAUGAAGAGUGGAAGCCAAGGAUUGCUGAUUUUGGUCUUGCAAAGAUUGUGCAGAACGGCAGUGGAGGGGAUUGGACUCAUGUUAUAGCUGGAACUCACGGUUACAUGGCUCCUGAGUAUGCAUACACAUGCAAGAUCAAUGAGAAGAGCGAUGUUUACAGCUUUGGAGUUGUGUUGAUGGAGUUGGUCACAGGAAAAAGGCCGGUUGAACCUGAAUUUGGAGAGAACAAGGACAUAGUUUAUUGGAUCUACACUAAACUGAAGACCAAAGAAACAUUGGUUGAGGCGGUGGACCCUAAAAUCUCGAUGGCAUCAAAGGAAGAUGCCAUCAAGGUGUUGAGAAUCGCAGUCCACUGCACGGCAAAGAUUCCGGCACUUAGACCUAGCAUGAGAAAGGUAGUUCAAAUGCUGGAGGAGGCUGAACCUUGUAAACUUACUGAUAUUAUUGUUCAUGAAAAAGGUGAAAAGUAGCCUCCACUGAGGAAUGGAACAAGAGUGGCAAGAAAUGAUUCAAGAUUGAUCUUCCAUGGAAUUUGGAAACCUGAGUGAGCACCAAGCACUGGGAAGCUGUUUUUUUUUUUUCAGCUCAUAAAAUAGAGCAAAGUUAGUUUGGAGUUUCAAGUUCCGAAAUUGCAGCAGAUAGCUAGUUUAGCAACAGCAGGUGAUAAAUCAAAAUAUGUAGUGUAGAAGCGUUUUCUUUUCUUGUAAUAUAUUUGCAUCAGUUUGUCUCAAGAAAAUAAUGUAAUCAAGGGUGUAGUUUUGUAUAAAAGAAAUGCUAUGUUUCUGGGACCAAAUGCUAGAAUGGAUGAUGAUGAUGUCGGUUGGAUUCCCCUGCCUAAUGCCUAGAAAAAAGGAUGUAAUGAAGGGGGCCCAAAGUUCACAUGUCGUGGAUUCAAACUUCAAACUCAGCCAUGAAUAAUGAAGACACCUCUUCGAAUCAAAAUGUGAGUUCCAUAGAUAGCAGUAGCACACAGUUUGAGUGAAGUCAAAAUUUUCCUUUUUCCUUGCAUUUAUAUAAAAAGAAAAGCAUUAAAGUCCUUGUCUUUGGAUCA